CCCCGCCUCUCACCCCCGCACAGCGCCUCGUAAUCGGUCGCCUAGCCAGCCAGCCAGCCAACAGUCGAAAUCAGCUGACGGCGAGCAGUUGCUACCACGGCUCCUCAAACGCGAUACUAUUCAGACAUUGGACGAUCAGGAUGUUGGGUAAUUUUGUCGGUUACUUAUUCGGGAGUAAUUACUCCGGCACGCAAGAUUCGCUCGAAGAGGAUCCUCGAACUCGAGGGAUAAUGCGGAGAUUCAGGCAAGUGGAGGUCGAGAACGAUGAAUGGAUCCUCAUUGACCGAACUGUUGAGGGUACGCUGGAGGAGCCGUGGUAUGAAAUGCCACCGGCAGUGUUCACCCAAGAAGGACCCAUUAAAGUGGCAACCUCGCCGAUGGAGAAUCUGCUGAUAGAACAUCCUAGCAUGUCCGUCUACUCCGUCGUGUCGGGAACGUCUCCCCCUGUCACUCCGGACACCCCGCCCCCUUCGCCGGACAGAUGGAUAGAGGGCCAAAAGGAUGUCAAUGUCCGGCAAACCAUUGCCGUGGCUCAAAACGUCGUCUCGGCGCUAUUAGCUGAUCUCUCGUUCCCCAUGCCCCUCGCGCUUUGUACCGUAUCUACGCCUUUGGACAGCAGUAACCUAGCAGUAACUUUAGACCGAAGUAACAUCGACGAAUUGUCGCGUAGAGUUGUCGCAGAAUUACAAGCCAUCCACAACGACAGACUGCCCACAUCAGAUAGCAAUAAUAACAGAGCUAGAAUCGGAAAACAGCUUCGAUCCGCUCAAGGACGAGCUCAAGAGGUUUUGCAGAAGCGCUCGACUCAGAGCCUGAAAAGAGCCCGUAUGGAAAGAAGCAACAAGGUACGCCAGGCAAAAGGCAAACGGCUACGUCGCCAGGACCGUUUGCGCGUUUGCCACAGCGGCGCUAAUAACAACCGAAAAUGCUAGUCAUCCGAUCUCAGGUCAAUCUGUACUUAAAUUUCUUCCUAAAACACGACGACCAACGCUAUGACAAUUGGGUAAUUCAGUGAAGUUUCGCUGCAAUGACAGAAGAUACUAUUUACAAAAAUUAUCAUCGAUCAAAGAGUAACAUGGUCUUUUACUGUUUUGCAGUAUAUGCUAUGUCUAUUUUCUCGUCGAUGGUGCAAAAUAUUAAUCUGUUUGAUAUAAGACAAAGUUUUAGAAUGGCUCUCAGAUUAGAGUCUGGCCAUUACUGGAUUUUAUACCGAAUGCAUGCGUGUGUAUGUGUAUGUAUGUGUGUACGGCGAUAGUAAUUAGUAAUAAUUGUUGUAGAGUUCACUCUAAUCUUUUGAUACAUCCUGCAAAAAUGGCUGAUUGUUAUACACGUGAUUGUAAUUCAAUGACGCGUCAAACGACUCUCGAUGACAUUUUUUCGUUAGCGAUAAAAAGGGAAUAUUUCGAGUAUAUUCAGCCUAAUUCUUCGAGCUAAAUCAAUUAAUAAAAGUUGAAAAUGGUCAGACUCUCAAUCGAGAACUAGACGGCUUGAUCUGUCCAUUGUUAUGUCGCAAGCUGUAUAGAUCAGAUGACAAAGCACUCUGUAAAACUGAUAAAUGUUUGCAGUUUAUUAUAUAUAAUUCUCGAUUAUUUUAACUACUAUUUAUUUGAAUGAAAAUAUAACAUAUGUGCCGUAGAAGAAAAAGAAUUGCUUGUUACAAAAAUGUGAGACAGUUGCGACUUGUAAGAAAUGCUGCUGCUCAAAACAAUGAUCUCAAUUUGAUUGACCGAUCCGGAGUUCAUUGUAACGAAAUUUUACUCGUUAAAUACGUUCUUGUUCGCGCAAGUGUGCGAGGAAGUGUGUACAUUUGGUGAUUAUGAUAAAAGAUAUAUGUGACAUGUUUAACCCUUUUUAGAAAAAAAAAAGAUACGAGUGACAUGUUCAACCCUUUCUAAAAAAGAUCAUAGACACAGUUUAAAGAAAAUGUUUGACAUUAUAAAGUCCUUUCCUCUCUCCCUUUUCACAUAAGAUUGUUUACAUAGAAAUCUUUACAUAGAUUCCUACAUAUUUUUUUAAAUUUUAAGGCAAUCCAUAUAUUAAUGCAAUUAUGUUAAAGAAUAAAAAAAUAUAUUAAUCCCAACUUAUUUCUAAUAAGAGAUAUAAAGGAAAUCCUUGCCUUAAAUCCAUUGUCCUUAUAAAAAAAAAAAAAAAACACACAAAAAACAA